AUGCGUCUCACACUCGCUAUUCAAGGCUUUGCCGCCAUGGCGGCUGCCAUGCCUGCCGCUCGCCCUCAGGAGAUCGAUAUUAACAUGGUCCUCGCCGCCCCCGAACCUAUCUCCUAUGACCCUGCUGUCGGAGCCACUGCUCAAGUUGUCUCUUACGAUUUCACCUCUCUGGUCGCUCAAGCCACUGCUCCAGCUACCUCGGUCGCCAGUGAUGUGGCUGCAACCGCUACAGCCAUCGAGAAGAGAGGAGCUGCCUGUACCAGUCUAGCUGCUGGUGCUACUGGAGCCCCAACUUACUCUCCCGACACUCCUGCUGCCUUUGCCUCAAACUCGGAUUUCGCUUCGGUGGCCUCAAGCGCACCUGUUCCUUCGGGCUACACAAAUACCUUUGUCAACGCCAACGCUUCUAACAACGCCUAUGGUUAUCUUGGUUUCACCACCCUCAGCACCUUUGAUACCGCAAAGUGUGCUGCCAAGUGCAACGCUAUCUAUGGAUGCCUUUCCUUUAACCUUUACUUCGAGAGAGACCCUAGUGUCGAUCCUGGCUCGGGAGCAUCUGGCUGCGAAAACCCCGCCAGUGUUACAUACAUCAAAUGCGUCUUUUGGGGAGGUCCGGUAUCACAAUCCAACGCCAACAACUACGGACAGUACCGCAACAAGUUCCAGGUCUUGAUCGCUGGAUCAAACGGCUACACUAACAAGACUCUUGCUGCUCCAGCAGGCUACUCUGAUGCCAUCUACUAUGGUACCAAGGCUAUCGAUGCCCCCCUUGAUGCACAAGGCUACAACACCUUCAUCACCAGCAAGAUCUUCACCGGACCCUUUGAUGCCAGACUUUGUGCUGCAGCUUGCGACGCUCAGACUCAGUACGCCAUCAAUAACCCUUCUUCUGAUGGCACACCAGCCAAGAAGUGCCAAUUCUUCAACACUUACAUUAUCAACCUGAACGACAACAAGCACCCUCAGGGACAGUAUUGCACUCUGUACACCGAGGCUUGGGCUUCCAAGUACGCCACUUCUAUUGGAUCAUCCACCAGCAGUGGCAAGCUCAUCAUCGAAUACAGCUAUGGUUACGUCAGCACUUCUGGUGCUAGCAUCGACCCCAAGACCGGUGACAAGACUGGUGCCGUCUAUCAGGCCUCUGGAGAGAUGAAGUCUGACCCGGCCCAAUUGAGCUCGGUUUUCCAGCCUUUCUGCUCCGCCUACCUUGGCUACUCUACUGCACCUGCCGUGAGAGUGACAGCAACUACCACAGUUGCUCCUGUUGCCACUUCUACUUCUUACGCCACAGUGACCGCACCCGCCAUGCGCAAGCGUGACGAUGGUGACGAGUCUGAGUACUUCCCUGGCCUUACCACCAACUCUACCAACGCCAUCGCUGCUGUCUUUGACUCCAACAAGAACGUCACAUGGUACCUUCCUGUUGACUCCAUAGCUUCUGAUGACGCUGCACCUGCCAAGCGUGAUGUCUCGACUCCCGCUGUCUUGACCAAGUACCCUGCUACUGUCAUCUCUUCCGCCUGUUCGAUGCAAUUCAGUCAAGUUACAGUUGCGUCGACCGUUACUAUCAACGAGACGACCACCCUCGCCACCUCGACUACUAUCACCACGAUAUUUUCGACUACCACAGCCAGUGCUACAUCUACCAGCUCGUCUGUAGUAUCAUCGGCUGCAUCCUCUACAUCGUCUACAGCUAAGGCUUCCGCCACUGCAGUCGCCGAUGCGAAGCUCCGCGUGACCUCUUCUGGCACCAGUGCUGAUGGUCAGGAGAUCGAGUUCGACUCUGCCACUGCUGGCUCAGGCUACUCUAACGCCUAUGUCAACUACUACGACUACACCACCUUCCUUCACGGUCAAGCCAUUACCCCCGGCUUCGUCCUCGAUCCCUCCACUGGCCACCUCAAGGACAAGAAGUACGGUUACAUCAUGGCCGUCUACAACAGCUUCUUCCCUGGUACCGGUCUCGCAUACACUGUCAUGUUCUUCCCUGCCAACAAGGUCAAGGCUAAUGGAUAUAUUCCUGUUGUCUGCAGUGGUACUACUACUCUCCAGUGCUCGGCUAAGAACUCUUGGGGCGCUACUCUCAACAACGUCUUCAUCCACCCUCAGUUGGCUUUGACUGGUGAGGCCUACUGGUCUCUGAGACUCGGUGAUUCGAGCUUCAUCCCUCUUACUGGUGACUUUGCCGCCAACAUCGGUUUCCAAUGA